GUUCAUCCGGGACCGGGCCCAGCGCUGCGGGGACUCCCAGGCGGUGGAGCUGAGCCGGGCAGAGCUGGGGGGGCCGGAGCCCCCCCCCUGCGACGAGAACACCAAGCGGCUCAGCGAGUGCCUGCGGCGGAUCGGGGACGAGCUCGACAACAAUACCGAACUGCAGAGUAUGAUUGACCGGGUGGGGGCCCACGCCCCCAAAGACGUCUUCUUCCGCGUGGCUGCCGAGAUGUUCUCCGACGGGACCUUCAACUGGGGCCGGGUCGUGGCGCUUUUCUACUUCGCCUGCAAGCUGGUGCUCAAGGCUCUGUGCACCAAGGUCCCCGAGCUGGUGCGGACCAUCGUGGGCUGGACGUUGGAGUACCUCCGGGAUCAUGUGCUGGCCUGGAUCCAGGCCCAGGGAGGAUGGGACGGCCUCCUCUCCUACUUCGGCACGCCCACCUGGCAGACCAUCACCAUCUUCGCUGCUGGCGUGCUCACCGCCUCCCUCACCAUCUGGAAGAUGUCGUAGGGCGGGGGUGGGGUGCGCUCUGCGGCACCCCACGUCUGGCCAGACUGCGCUGGGCUCCCCGGGGCCGGCUCCCCUCGUCCAGCCUCGCUCCCUCCGCGAUUCCCGGUGCCUUGUGCUCAACUCGAAACAAACCUCUCGGGACCCCACGCUGCGCCUCCCGGAUCAGGACCGACGUCUUUGGACACGGCCGCUCCGUGGGGCCGGACGCUCUCCUGCAUCUGGGGCAGAGACUUGAGAGGCCUUGAGCCCCACCUGGGGCUGGUCGGCGUUUAACUCCCUGCCGGGCUGGCUGCCCGCGGGGAAUCCUGGGCCGAGAUCUCGGGGGCUGGAGCCGGCUCCGGGGGCCGAACUCAGGCC